CAUCGCCAUGCAGGCAGAGGUCUCAAUGUGCUGUGCUGCCCGAGGCUUCCCAGCUCCCACAGUGCAAUGGUUCAAAGACAGCCAUCUUCUGGUGAACAGCUCUUGCUUGAGUUUGCAGAACAAGGGACAGCUGCUUGUGUUCAAGAAUGUGUCUGAGGAAGAUGAGGGUUCCUACCACUGUGAGGCCAGGAAUGAGAGGGAGACUGUCAGAUCUCAGCCUGCCUAUCUCCUCCCAGCAGAGAUGGAAUGGAACUUUGUCCUGCAGCCCACUAACCAGACAGUGAGGAUGGGAGACUCUGUUACUCUGGUCUGCAGACCCCCCUACAGCAGGCCUCCAGCCACGGUGUCCUGGUUCAAGAACAACCGCCUCCUCACUCCCAAGACACACUUCACUGUUGGGCCUAAUGGAGACCUCAUCUUCCACAGUGCCCAUGACACAGACAGGGGAGUGUACUUCUGCAGAGCGUCCAACAUCCACCUGUACAGAUCUGUGACCUCUCGAACAGCCAGACUGACUGUUCUCGCUCCUCCCUCGGUGAGGCUGUGGCCCCCAGUGGUGAUGGUCCCUGUGGGGGCCCAGGUGGUGUUCCACUGCCAGGUUUGGGGACAUCCCCUUCCCUCCAUCGUCUGGUCCAAACAGGGACGCUCUAUGCAGACUGGUGGAAAGAUCUCUGUGGGGGUGAGAAACGCUACCCUCUACAUCCUGUCUGUCAGGAGCUAUGACGAGGGGACUUACACCUGUGCAGCCUCUAACACUGUGGGGCAUGACCGGAGCACAGCUACUUUACGUGUCGCUGUGAGCCCCAUCAUAUUGUCCUUCGUUGGGGACGUGAGCAGCUCAGAAGGGUCCUCUGUGGUCUUGCCAUGCAGAGCAGUGGGGGACCUCCCCAUCAGGUACACCUGGACCAGAGGACACUCUCAGACCUCUAUCACCCCAACCCUGAAGAGGCAUGUAGAUGAUGAGGGGGCUCUGCAUAUCUCCAGGGUUCAGUUGUCUGAUGCAGGGGACUACCACUGUGCAGCUGAGAACAGAGCGGGACAACAGCAAAGAAGAACCACCCUCACCAUCUCUGCUGAAGAUGACCUGGCUGACAGAGACAAGCAGCAUAGACAGAUUGCGUCUGCAGUUCCAAACACUGAAGCAGAGCAGAGAAUUCCUCUGUCCAGUAACGUCCUGAGUCUAGCUCAGCGUUCUGAGAUGACCCAAUUACAGGCAGGAAGCACAGUUUCAUUCCAAGCAUCUCAAAGAGACUUGAGCAACGACAUCACCCACGUGUCUGCCCCUGACACUUUACGACUGCUCUCGUCUCUCAAGAAGACAGCUUUAGGACGAGCAGGUCUCAGCGGAGGACAGACAGGAUUGCUGGUACUGCCUGACCUUCACUCUCAGCUCCCAUUGGACCAGGCCUCGGCCAAAUCAACCCAGCCCACAAUCACACAGAUCCAGCUUCCAGUGCAACAACCCCCACAUCCACCUCUAUAUCAACCCUUAGACCUACGAAGCCAGCCUUCAGUAACUCAUAGAGUCGCCUCACUUACCCAGCUUCCAAUAAUACAUACCCAGCCAACAUUAGCACAUAAUCCACUCCCAGAGACACAACGGCAGGUUUUAGUCCCACAUAGCCAAUCUCAAUUAACACAGUCCGUAUCCCAAAGCAUCCACAACCAGCCAUCAGUCAUGCAUAUCCAGCAUCAAGUCACUGGCCAACCAAUUAAGCCACUAAAGCCCAUCACCAGUAUUACCCAGUCUCUGGUCCCACGCCCACAACCUUCUCCAGACUCUCCCACCCACCUUUCAAACCCCUCUACCCAGAGUCCUGAAUGUCUUACCCAGCCCAGAGAACCUGUGACUCAGUCUCUACUCAUGCAAACCCUGCAUCCUUCUGACUCAAUCACUCAAAUUCACCAUCCUGCAACGCAAAGUUAUCCUUCAUAUUCACAUAAACAGCAUCCUAGCCCUGUCACCCUGUUUUCAGUCACACAAAUCCAGCCUGAACCUACACAAACUCAGUCUGAACCUACACAAACCCAGCCUGAACCUACACAAACCCAGCCUGAACCUACGCAAACCCAGCCUGAACCUACGCAAACUCAGCCUGAACCUACGCAAACUCAGCCUGAACCUACACAAACUCAGCCUGAACAUACACAAACUCAGCCUGAACCUACACAAACCCAGCCUGAACCUACGCAAACCCAGCCUGAACCUACGCAAACUCAGCCUGAACCUACACAAACUCAGCCUGAACAUACACAAACUCAGCCUGAACCUACACAACCCCAACCCCAACCUACACAAACUCAGCCUGAACCUACACAAACCCAGCCUGAACCUACACAAACUCAGCCUGAACCUACACAAACCCAGCCUGAACCUACACAAACCCAGCCUGAACCUACACAAACCCAGCCUGAACCUACACAAACUCAGCCUGAACCUACACAAACCCAGCCUGAACCUACACAAACCCAGCCUAAACCUACACAAACUCAGCCUGAACCUACACAAACCCAGCCUGAACCUACACAAACCCAACCUAAACCUACACAAACCCAACCCCAACCCCAACCUACACAAACCCAACCCCAACCCCAACCUACACAAACUCAGCCUGAACCUACACAAACCCAGCCUGAACCUACGCAAAUCCAGCCUGAACCUACACAAACCCAGCUUGAACCUACACAAACUCAGCCUGAAACUACACAAACCCAGCUUGAACCUACACAAACCCAGCCUGAACCUACACAAACCCAACCUGAACCUACACAAACCCAACCCCAACCCCAACCUACACAAACCCAGCCUAAACAUACACAAACCCAGCCUGAAACUACACAAGCCCAACCUGAACCUACACAAACCCAGCCUGAACCUACACAAACCCAACCUCAACCUACACAAACCCAACCUCAACCUACACAAACCCAGCCUGAACCUACACAUACCCAGUCUGAACCUACACAAACUCAGCCUGAACCUACAGAAGCCCGACAUGAACCUACACAAACCCAGCCUGAAUUUACACAAACCCAGCCUAAACCUCGACGAACCCAGCAUACACAUCUCCUGACCCAGCCUUCAGUCUCAAUCACACAUGCUCCUGACCUGAGCACCAUACCCCCCAUCCCUGACCCCAAAGGCCCUAGUGCCCCAUGGACCACACCAGACCUCCUGCAGCAGAACAUGAGUCAGCCCGCUAAGCCAGUUCAUCCAGCCAAACCAACCAGGCACAAUGACUCAGAGCCCAUAGAGUGGCUGAAGAGGAACACUUCUCAGUCCCCCAUCAGGACCAGUGAGGACCCCAGAGUAAAGCCUCCUCCUCCAUGGCUCCCAGUGCUGGAGAAACAUGACAUCCCCAUCGUGGUGGGAGUGGGCGUGUCUCUGGCCUUCAUCUUCAUCACCAUGGCCUUCUACUCCCUGGUCCAGAAGAAAGAGCCUGCCCCCGCUAUUAGAGCCUUGUCUUCCACAGUUCCCAGGAACCUGGGAGUCCCCUUCAGACAUGCUGAACGUCUGGCCACUGGGAGGACUUAUGAGAACAGGGCGUUUGAGGAUGAUGAUUUGGUGGCUGUGAUUGAACAAAGCCCCGACACGUCAGAUACACGUACCAGGCCCCCUGCCCCCAGCCCAGUCACUGUGAUGAUAGACCCUGCUUUUGAUGAGACUCAGGAGACACAGCCUCGCCCCCCGUCCUCUCCAGAACACUCAGUCAUAGCAGAGACCUACCCUGAGCCCAUCGAAGACACACAGGUUGCCCCCUUCCUGGAUGAAGAGAAAGACUGCAGCCUGUCUCACCCCAGCAUCCAGCUGCAGUGUGUGGAGGACUGGGGGGGUGGAGGAGUAUACGGACAAUGUCAGGGCCAGGACUUUCUCCCUGAGCCCCCCUCUCUCACUCCUUCACCUUUCCGCUCCCUGUCUCCCUCCCCUCCUGUGCGUGAGGAAAGCCUGCGCUCCACCCUGACACUCCAGACCACUGAGCCCUGUGCCACACCCAUCCACCACAGCGUCAGCAUCUCCCACGGUAACGCCCCCCUCCUCCUCUCCCACUGCAUCUCCCUAGGCCUCACCACCGUCGCCGUUGAUGUUCACUUCUACCCAGCAGCUCUUGCGUCAGCCACCGCUGCCAUGGCGACCGUGACAGCCGCCACACAGGUUAAUGCUACCGCCGCUGCUGCUCCAGGGCCCCAGCUCAGCUCUCGAUUGGCACAAGGUCAGGAGCAUGACCAAUCGGCUCCCAGCAUGUGCCAGAGUAAGUAACUAGAUAGAGGGAAUGCUGGAUGGAGAAUUGGUUCCAACACAGAUGUUGCCAUUAGUCUCCACUUUGGACAGCUUGGCUGGAUUGUUGGUUGUCUUCACGUCUCUCUGUGUUUAUCAGCCUGUUUCCUCUUUCUUGAUCUGACACUGGUGUGGAGAAUGUGUUUGUGUUGGAACCAUACACUGAAGACUAUAGGACAACAUCCUAAAUGGUCUACACAUACUGUACCACAGUCAGCUAUAAACACGUCAACUACAUAAUGUCAAUGUAUUCUGUUUCUGUCCUUCAUAAAGAAAAGUCAUAUGAGAUGUUCAUUAUUGAUCAUGUAUAUUAUGGCUUCAUUGUGUAUUACAAAUGUCAGUUACAUAAUGAUGCUUGAGGCCUAAAAUAAUGCAUUUAUAGGAAGCAAAAACUAGAAUAUGUAUAACUGCUUUCAUAAUCUUCUUUUACAUGCCAAUGUUUCUCUGCCUUGACUGAAUAUAUAGCUCAUCAUAUUUAUAUAUACACUUUAUAAACUCAUUUGUGUCAAAUACAUUUUCUCAUUUGAAUAUUCUACAAUGAAAAAGCCAAGGAGAAAACAGCUGUGUACAAAAUAUUGCAAUCUUUGUUACACUUCCUAAUCAGGUAAUACACAACCUCUCUCUGUUGCACCAUAAACCGACUGUUACUGCUGAAACCAAAGGAAGAUGACGACAGGGCUUUACAUUUAAGUCCCAAUUGAGACCCAGCUGACCUGAAAAUUCAUUUAUCUGUAUCAGUUCACUUUAUGAUCAGUGAAAUGUCUAUAAUUUUCAUGAAUUUCCCUUUCCUUUGCUACUGCCAUGAAUUCAUUACUCUUAAAUGAAUGUGUUAAACUGAAAAUUAUAUUUUUUCCCCCUGUAUUUCGCAUCUUAUUUGUUUCAAUAACAUGUCCAGUAUCAAUUGUUGCUAACAAAAGUUAGUCAUUUUUUAAAUUUUUAUCUUACAUAUUUAUAUUUGAGUGUAUUAAAUCAGUUAUUAAAUUAUUACCUUUGUAUGGGUGAUAAAAUGCCAACAAAAAAAUAUUAAAAGUUAUGACACAGAUCUAACAUUCACAUACUGUGAUAAUUAUUUUAAGUACUGUAUCAAAUGGAUUUUUAUUUACUUAACAAUG